AUGGAAGAUGCAAAGCUGCACCGGCUGCCCGACACAAUGCUGAACUUCGAAAUCCUCAAGCCUGCCGCCGCGCUUGCGCCCAGACUGGGUCGACUCUCUGUACCAGGUCGCACGACACUGCAUACACCCCACCAUAUCGCCCUCACAUCUCGAGGCGUCGUCCCCCACCUUACCCAGGACGUGCUGAAGAAGCAUACCGGCCUCAACUCCUUCUAUGUUGCGCUUGAAGACUUCAUAGAGAGAGCGCCUAAGCAAACGCCGCCCCUCUUCAACAUACCAUGCGAGCCUGACGAGUCGCCCAUGCGCCGCUUCGCCUCUCUCCAGAAAGAUGCCUUGCUCGUUCUCGGCCCGCGACGCACAGUGCCUGUGACAGCCUCUGCGACCAAUACCAACACUUCCAUCUCCAUCCACACCGCCGUGGGCUUCCACGCGCUGGCUUCCGACUACUACGCGUCUGCCGCCCAGAAACUAAGGCCCGACAUCGUCAUCGGCCUGGGCGACAUCAUGCACGGCCACACCAAGCCGAGCGCGAAGCGGAUAGACAAGAUGGGCGACCGCACAACCGCCUGGAUGAAGGACAUCGUAGCGGCCAAAGGCGGGCUGGACAAGACCAAGAAGGGCGGCCGCGUCUACAACGUCUUCGCCCCCAUCUUGCCCAUCGACAAGGAGCUGCAGUCAUGGUACCUGGACGCGCUGACCGACGACGACGAGCAGUUGCGGCCGCACCUCUCCGGCCUCGCCCUCUACGACACCGCCUCCCUCGCCGCCAUCCCCGACCCGCUGGCCGCCCUCCCGCGCCUCGCCCUCGACAACCCCGCCUCGCCGCAGAAGCUGCUGCACGCCGUCUCCCUCGGCAUGGACCUCCUCACCGUGCCCUUCGUCUGCCAGGCCACGGACGCCGGCAUCGUGCUCGACUUUGAGUUCCCCGUGAAGGCGCCGUCGUCGGACGCGUCGCCCGCGGAGCGCAAGGCGCUCGGCAUCGACUGUUGGAUGCCGCAAUACGCGACGGAUCUGUCGCCGCUGACGCCCGGGUGCGAGUGCUACGCCUGCACCAGGCACCAUCGCGCCUACCUCCGGCACCUGCUGGCCGCCAAGGAGAUGCUGGGAUGGGUGCUCAUCCAGGUGCACAACCACCACGUCAUAGACCUGUUCUUUACCGGCGUUCGGAAAAGCAUCGAGAACGGCACGUUUGAGGAAGAUAGAGCUGCGUUCGAGCGCGCCUAUGUGGAUCACUUGCCGGAGAAGACGGGCCAGGGCCCGAGACUGAGAGGUUACCAGUUCACCUCAAGUGGCCCUGGUGAGCCGAAGAAGAACCCUUCGAAAUACAGGAUGUUGGAUGAAGGGAAGCAGAUUCUAGCCGAGUCCAUCACGCCGGGCUCCAAUGCCGAUGCGACUGACCUUGAGGCGACGGGUUUUGCGGAAGUAGAGAAAUGA